UAGGUUUGUUGGCAAAUUCACAUCCCGUUGAACCACAAAUAAACUUUCCUCCAGCUAGUGCAGAUCGCAUUCGUCGUCGAUCUGUUUUGGAUAGUAAACGGUGUGCUAUUUACUGCAUUCCACGUGUGUUUACGUUGCAUCCUUGUUAAAGUAGAGUACCAUUCGUAAAAGAACAGAAUGCCUGCUCCAGCCAGUUCCACCUCUGUCGGAAGCGGUAGCCGAUCACCGUCGAAGCCCACGUCAGCGCCCCGAGCAUCCGCCGGAGGUUCCAGUACGCUGAAACAGCGCAAAGCCAUGCCGGCCCCAACCGCUGCACGGAACCGCAAUACGGGUACCGGUUCCGGUGGCAUGUGGCGUUUCUACACCGAUGACUCCCCUGGCAUUAAAGUUGGACCAGUUCCGGUUCUCGUGAUGUCCCUACUAUUCAUUGGCUCCGUGUUCAUGCUGCAUAUCUGGGGCAAAUACACCCGCGCGUAGAAGGCUGAUGCACCCGUAACUCUCGUUAACAUUUUCGUUUCUGGGGUGUGAACGUAUCGGUUGUAUCCCGGCUCCUUUUUUUGUUUUAUUAUAACUGCAUUCAUUCAUUUCUGUCAAUUCGCCAACUACCGCAUGAAAAACGCGAAAGAGACUGUUGCGGUAGCGCGUGACAUCGCGGUCGUCGCCGCCAUGGAUUACUUGAGAUAUUUUCUUCCAAACAAUCGUGGCAACGAUCGGAGAGUAAGACCCGGCUCUUAUGUUCCACCGAGUCGUUUGUAUGAGACCCGCUACUAGCCGCUAAUUUAAAUAUUGCAAUUCUGUAGGUCAACGUAAGGCAAUCUUUAUUAUUCGUACUGAGAGACAUAAUAUAAUUGUAUACAUAAAAAUAUCCGUA